AUGUCGCAAAUAGAUCCUUUUUCUUAUGUUCAACGUUCGUUUCCACCUAUGGUGGGUUGUUUAAGCAGUUCUUCAGUUGAGCAAAUUUGUCAAAAAAACAACCUGUCUUUUGUGGAAAUGCUUCGUCCUUUUUGUUUAGUUAAUAUUGAACACCGCCUUCGAGACCCUUCGGGUAACGACCAUCCAAUCGAAAAAUUAUUAAUUAAUAUUCAGGAUGUUAAUGACAGGCCUCCACAACCUUCUUUAGCCAAAAAAAUUUUAAAUGAAUCAGUCAAUAACUUUGUAUAUGACAAUAAAACAGUGACUAUGGAUAAAGUAAUUUUGGAAGUGCCUGCAGUAUGUCCAUGGUUUCAAUCUUGGAAAAGCACUUUUUUACAAGUCCAGUUUCCUUCUGAUCACGAGUUUUUAAGGCAUUUAUUAGGUUGUUUAUUAGUCACCUCAUCUGUUGAUCCUCCAGAAACUUUGCAAUUAUUACUACAGUCUUUACAACAAAUGCAAGCAAUCGCUCCUUCGAGACUUCCAAAGUGGUUUUCAUCAUCUAUAUUUAAAUUUUAUGUAUUGAUCCAUGAUUCAAAAGAUGGAAAUAGAGCAAAGGCAUUAAAUUUUUUCAAUUCUCUUAAAACAGCAUAUGGCUCAGAACAUUGUUUUUUCUUAGAGAUAAAUUCACAAAACCAGAGUAACAAUUCAUCAUCUACUCCAGAUUUUUGGAGCAAUUAUGUAUCGAGAAAAAAUAUAGAUCUGGAUGGUAGUGAUCAUGGAAGUAGCCCAAGAACUCCUGCAGAAAUGUACAGUAUUUCAGGAAUGCCAAAUUCAGUGGCUACAGAAACUGAAAUGAAUAUUAAAUCGAAAGAUUUACAGGAAACUUCUCAAGAAUUUGGAAAUGCACCAACUCCUGUUGUUUUUCAUCCUUUAAGCCCUGAUUUAGAAAUAAAUCAAUAUAAUUCUUUAAAUUCUGAUCAAUCUAAUUCGACUGAGUUGCCAAAAGUUGUGAAUGAUAAUGUGUGGCUCAGUGUGACGAACAACAUUCAAUUUGGUUCUUGCCUAAGUCUUGGAGAUAUAGAAAAUAUUAAAUUAUUAGUUAAGCAAUUAGCUCUUGAAGUUCUAAUACCUCACGUUGAAAAGCAAAUUUAUUUCUUAUCUGAUAUGGCAUCAAACAAAAAAGGAGUUAGUAGAUCAUUAUUAAGUGCUACAAAAAGACUUUUUGGCACAUCUAAACCGGGUUCACCUGGAUCUGCUCCUUUGAACUCAGUUAUUUACAAUUACGACUCUCCAGAAUUAAUCUUCAGAAAAUUGGGAGAUUUAUAUUUUAUGUUCACUAAUUAUUCUUUAGCAUUCCAGGCUUAUCAUUCGGCUAAAAGAGAUUUUGGAGCUGAUCAAGCGUGGAUAUAUUAUGCAGGUGCUCUUGAAAUGGCUGCUUUGUCUUCUUUUAUGCAAGGAGAAGUCACAAAAAAAGUUUUGGAUUAUAUGGAAGAAGCCAUUUUAAUUUAUUUAAAUUCUUGUAAAUUGCCUCAAUUUGCAACAAGGGCAACUUUGCUUAGCACUCCAUUUUUAAGAGAUCGCUUUAUGUACGGGGAAGCUGCGAAACAACUUAUAAGAAUGGCAAGCGAAGAUUCUGAUCUUCGAAGUGCUUUACUAUUAGAACAGGCAUCUUAUUGUUUUUUAUAUUCUACAAAACCGAAAAUGUAUAGAAAAUAUGCUUUUCACAUGGUACUAGCGGGGCAUCGUUUUUCAAAAGGAGGUCAAAAAAAACAUGCUCUUAGAUGUUAUAAGCAAGCAUUCCAGUUGUAUAAAGACAAAGGUUGGAGCUUGGCUGAGGAUCAUAUUCAUUUCACUGUAGGAAAACUUGCGGGAAAUCUAAAGUUACUAGAUGAGGGUUCUUCUUCUUUGGCUUCAUUAUUGUCACCCGAAAGCAAGCAAGCGCCGGCUCAACAAGACGUUUAUUUAAGAGAAUAUUUACAAAUGCUUUCGGAAUUAAAAAAUGAAGAGCCAAACAAAGGCCUAACCACUCUGCCAAUUCCUAUUAUUGAAGAUAACAGCGUUCUUGUUUUAGUUUCAUCUUCAAAGUCGACGUUAUUAAGAGCAUUUGAACCUGAUUCACCGGCAGAUAGUGUACGGUGGUCGAGAAUGGAGGAAUUAGCCAUCACUGAAUCCCAAGGUCCUCCUAUGAUUUUUCGGCCUACUAUUCAUCUAUUUUCUAAAAAAACACUCAACACAAACAAUCCUGUUGUUGUAGUAAAUGAGCCAAUAUUUGUUCAAGUAUCUCUAAAAAAUCCAUUACAAAUCGCCUUGCCUCUACUACAUGUUCAGUUACUUUGGAAUUUCACUGAUGUUAACGGACAAAUCACGUGUAAUGAAAAUUCAGAUAAUAUUUCUGAAUCUUUAGUCAAAACAAACAUAAUCGAGAGUAUUCAGCUUAAACCUUCAUGCACUCAAGAAGUAACACUUAGUUUAAUUCCUCUCUGUCCGGGUCAAAUAGAUAUUUUAGGAAUGCUUUAUUCAUUGUCAUACUCUUCUUCACCCCUCAAUAAUCAGCAAUCAUCCACCACAAUCACCGAAAUUAUGGGUAAACAAAAAUUCAUGGUUAGAGGGCCGAAGAAAAAAAGCAAAAAUAACAAAAGCGAAACCGUUUUCGAAAAAGAUAAAAGAUUGGAAAUAAAAAUUGUUAAAACGGCUCCAUUUUUAAUGAUAAAUUUAGAAACAAGCAUCAAGUCUGAAAUGCUUAGCGGAGAAAUUCAAGAGGGUCGUUUAAAAUUAGUCAACAUCGGAAAUGGACAUUUAAAAAAUUUGUUUAUGGUCAUAAGUUCACCGAAAUUUUUAUCCAUACCUCAAGAUUUAAUAGAAAAAGAAAGGACUGUUCACGAACCUGUUUUAGAUGAUUUUAUCGGGGAACAGAAUUUUUUAAAAGAAAAAAGCAAUUUAUAUAGAGUCAUAAAAAUUUCGUUGAAAGAUGGGCUGCUGAAUGCGAAUCAAGAAAUGUUCAUACCUUUUUGGGUUCGAGCUCCGGAUAAAAAAGGUUUGGCUAAAGUGGACACCUUAUUUUACUAUGAAAAUAUGGAAAAAGGAGAUGGAUUAGGGCAUAGGGUUAGUAGAUAUUCCUUAGUUAUGAACAUAUAUCGAUCACUUCAAUUUUCCGCUGUCGCGUCUAGAAGUACUUUGUGUGAAAAUAAGGAUACGAUGAAUAUAAGUGUCGCAGUAAAAAAUUUAAAUGAUAAUAACGAUUCGAUUGAUACCGUUAUUUCUUUGCUUCAAAUGUCGCUUGUGAGUUCAAAAUGGAUGCUUAGCGAAAAAGCUGUUUAUUCCUCAGAAUUAAAAUUAAAAAGCCAAGAGUGCUACUAUCUUCUUGUCAGGGCUUUUCGCACUUCGACCGAAGAUGUAGCAGUAACGGAUUGUUGUUUUGAAAAAAAUUUAGUUUCCCCGGGAAGCGAGCAACCCUAUUACGAUUUUUUUAAAUGGGAUAUUUUCGGCGAAAAGAAAGAAAAUUCAACCGAACUUUUUCAAUUGCCUUUAGGGUUGAGAUGGAGUGCAAAAAUAAUGGAAAAUGACGUGGAGACAAGGUGCACUUCCGGUCAGAGUUUGGUGAUUUUAAAUCAAUUGGGCGAUACGAAAACUUGGCCUUUUGAAAUGGUAUCGGAAUUAAAUUUAGGCACCACCGAAACUCUUAAAAUAUUUGGACCGGAAAGACCGAUUAAAUUAAGUAACAAAGGCGUAAAAACGACGCAUUUGGAAAACGCUCUUUCCUACAGCCUAGUUCACGAGCAUCAAAUAACGCAUUCUUUUCAAAAAAACAGAAUAUGUCGCGUAGACAUGAAAUUGAUAUUGAAAAAUUGCGUGGAUUUUCCCGUGAAAGUUGUCGUGAAUUCGUUGGAUUCAAGAUUGUCGAAACCUCCAGUUUCAAAAACGCAUUUAUACACUCCCUACUCUUCGUCAACUUUCAGUUGGACAAACAGAUUAAAUUCAUUGUUAAAAAUUGAUGGUCACGAUCAAACAUACAUUGUACUGUCGGCCGUGUUUAGCGCUCCGGGAACAUACGAUUUAGGUUCUAGACUCUCUGUGGCAGCAGCUACCGCCGAGGGAGAUGCAGAAUACGUUAAUCAAAUUUGUCGCGUUCAAUCCGUAAUAAUUAUUUUAGAAACUGACCACAGCUAG